GGUGGCAUGGGCAUCAUCUGAUCGAUGGCACUCCCAAGGACAGAUGCUUGGCACCUUCCUGGCUCCCUACGAUGUCUUGGAUAUAUUUCCUGGAAGUGUACGAAUCGAUGUAUGCUUCCAUGUUGACCGAUCUCCUGCAGAGCUUGCGCUGUUGUUGGCUAUUCUUCAGAAACCGCACGUCGAAGCCGACCACUUUCAUCACGCUGGGCCAGGUGCACGAAUGGACGUCUCCAUUCGCUUCCCCUCCAGCGAUUUAGCUUCGUUGGACAAGGUUCAUCGCUGGAGGUCGAUCUAUGUCCAGGACGGCAACGAUGCCACGGUUUGUGAGAAGACGAGUCGAGUCCGGGCGAUGGCAGACGGGCG